GAAAGGUAUCGCGAUCAGUAGAUCACCAGCCUUGGAUCCGACACUUUAUAUUUUUGUGGUGUUUUAAAAGAGGUUUGAGAAGGCACACAUACACACAGUGUUCCAAUAACUGCGGAACGUAAGAAAAUUUUUAUCACAGGAAAAAAAUUAACGAAAAUCAGGAACAAUGAGCUCCCGAGUAGCUAAAACCAGCAAAUACACCUACAGCUCGUCCGGCGGAGGAAAUGCUGAUGUCAGCAUUGAAUACAGUGCCGAUUUGAGUGCUUUGACACGCUUGGAGGAUAAAAUCCGUCUUCUUCAAGAUGAUUUGGAAAGUGAACGCGAACUCCGUAAUCGGAUCGAACGUGAAAAGGCUGAUCUCAGUGUACAAGUGAUCUCCUUGCAAGAACGCUUGGAAGAGGCUGAAGGCGGUGCCGAGGGCCAAUUCGAGAUCAACAGAAAGCGCGACGUUGAAUUGACAAAGUUGCGUAAACUUUUGGAGGAUGUCCAUUUGGAAUCCGAGGAAACUGCUCACUUGUUGAAGAAGAAGCACUCCGAAAUUAUCGCCGACUUCCAGGAACAACUUGAUGCCGUGACAAAGGGCAAAUCCAGGGCUGAAAAGGAAAAGGCCAAAUUCCAGGCUGAAGUCUACGAAUUGAUUGCCAGCGUUGAAGCGAUCACGAAGGAAAAGUCCGUUUACAUCAAGAAAUGCGAAACGUUGGAAGUCACCAUCCACGAAUUGAACGUGAAGAUCGAGGAGCUCAACCGUACCGUCUUGGAUAUCACUUCCCACAAAUCCCGCUUGUCGCAAGAAAAUGUCGACUUGACCAAGGAAGUGCAAGACUUGAAGAUCUCCAUCGAAGCCGUUCAAUACUCCAAGAGUCAACUUGCCACGCAAUUGGAGGACAGUCGUCGUCGCUUGGAAGAGGAUGAGCGUCGUCGCAUGACCUUGGAAAGCAACUUGCAUGCCGUCGAAGUCGAGCUCGAGUCGUUGCGCGUGCAAUUGGAGGAAGAAUCCGAAGCUCGCUUGGACUUGGAACGUCAAUUGGUCAAAGCCACCGGCGAAGCGUCCCAAUGGAAGAACAAGUACGAGAGCGAAUGCGCUGCUCGCGCCGAAGAAGUCGAAGAAAUUCGCCGCAAAUUCACCAUUCGCAUCCAAGAGCAAGAGGAGCACAUCGAAUCCUUGUUGGUCAAGGUCAACAACUUGGAGAAGCAAAAGAGUCGCUUGCAAAGCGAAGUCGAGGUCUUGAUCAUCGACUUGGAGAAGGCCAACGGCGUUGCGCGUGAUCUACAAAAACGCGUCGAAGUCCUCGAACGCACCAACGUCGAGUUGAAGUCCCGCUUGGAGGAGACUGUUGUCUUGUACGAAGCCUCUCAACGCGACUUGCGCCAAAAACAACAAGACUUGCAACGUCUUAGCCACGAGUUGGACAAAACUCGCGAGCAAAAGGAAGUCUUGGCACGCGAAAACAAGAAAUUGGGCGAUGACUUGCACGAAGCCCGCACCACUGUCACCGAACUCACUCGCCGCAUGCACGAGAUGGAACUCGAACUCCGUCGCUUGGAGAACGAACGUGAAGAGCUCACCGCUGCCUACAAAGAAGCCGAAGCUGGUCGCAAAGCCGAAGAACAACGCGCCCAACGCUUGGUUUCCGAAUUCGGACAAUUCCGUCACGAAGCUGAACGCCGCCUCGCCGAAAAGGACGAAGAAAUUGAAGCUAUUCGCAAACAAACUGCUUUGGAAAUUGAGCAACUUAAUGCCCGUGUCGCUGAUGCCGAAGCCAAGUUGAAGAGCGAAGUGAUGCGCAUCAAGAAAAAGUUGCAAAUCCAAAUCACCGAGCUCGAGAUGUCCUUGGAUGUCGUCAACAAGCAAAAUCUCGACUUGCAAAAGACCGUCAAGAAGCAAUCGUUGCAACUUACGGAAUUGCAAUCCGCCUACGACGAAGUCCAACGCUCCUUGCAAACCACUUUGGAUCAAUACGGUGUCGCGCAACGUCGCUUGCAAUCCUUGACUGCCGAACUCGAGGAGGUCCGCAACAACUACGAAGCUGCCUUGCGUGGCAAGCGUCAAGCUGAAUUGCAAUACGAGGAGUCGCAAGUGCGCGUCAGCGAAUUGGUCAAUGUCAACACCAACUUGCAAUCCAUGAAGGUGAAGAUCGAACAAGAAUACCAAUCUUUGGUUUCUGACUACGAAGAAGUUACUCGUGAAUUGCGCGUCAGUGACGAACGCUACCAAAAGGUUCAGGUAGAGUUGAAACACACAAUUGAACAACUUCAUGAAGAACAAGAACGCAUCGUCAAGAUCGAAACCAUCAAGAAGUCCUUGGAGAUCGAAGUCAAGAACCUCUCAGUCCGCUUGGAGGAAGUUGAAGCCAAUGCCGUUGUCGGAGCUCGUCGUGUCAUCAGCAAAUUGGAAGCCCGUCUCCGUGACAUCGAAGCCGAAUUGGACGAAGAGAAGCGCCGUCACGCCGAAACCUUGAAGAUCUUGAGAAAGAAGGAACGCACCGUCAAGGAAAUCGUCAUCCAAUGCGAGGAAGAUCAAAAGAACAUCUCCUUGUUGCAAGAACAAUUAGACAAAGCCACCUCCAAGAUCAACGUUUACAAGCGUCAAUUGGCUGAACAAGAAAGCAUGUCUGCCCAAUCUGUCAACCGUGUACGUCGCUUCCAACGUGAAGUCGAAGCUGCCGAAGAGCGUGCCGAACAUGCCGAAAGUAAUUUGAAUCUUGUCCGUGCCAAGCACCGCACCUUUGUCACAACAUCCAACGUUCCCGGCUCUCAAGUCUAUCUCGUUUCGACUGAAACCACCCGAUCAAGCGUUGAACGCUUCUAAACGAACGAACAACAACUGAACACUUUUUUUUUCUAAGAUCCUGAUACAACAACAACAACAACCGAAAAUAUGUACGAAAAAUCUCCCGGACUUGCAAAAAAAGAUCGAAAACCGACGUGACGACUGAAAAUUUAGACGAACACAAAAUACCAUCCGAACUUUUGUCGCGUCGAGAGUCGGGAGCAUUAUCUGUGUCUACAAUCAAACCAUUUUAAUUUAAAAAUAAAAACAAAAAUAUUUAUGUGUGUUUGCAAAAAUAAAAUCUUAUUAUUUUUUUUUGACUAUAAAACGUUUAAACUUAAAAAAAAAACAAAUAUUUAUUAAUAAAAAAUGCAAGAAAACCUCUAGUGGCUAAUUUUUGAUCAUCCUUUCCCUUUUUUAUUUCCCCUCGUUUUUUUGUUUUUUUUUCUUUUUGUUCUUCUUUAUUAAAAAAAAAUCCUUCGAUGUAUUUUUGUUGCUAAAAAAAAUAAUUAAAAAAAUAUUUAAAUUAAUUAAUUAAAGAGAACAAAAGAAUUUACCUAAUAUUUAAUUUAAAAAAAAAAAUAAAUUAAUAUCGAAC